GCAGAAGUGGACAGAACAAGGAGAACUGCGGAGACCUUGGGCUGGCUAGGCCACCAGCUGGGCUUGGAGCAGAGAGGGAGCAGAUCACAGAGUGAAAGAUGCAGCCUGCGCUGUGGAUGCUGUGUGCAGUCUGGGUGACCAUCGAUGCCAUCUCCGUGGAAACCCCUCAGGACACUCUCCGGGCAGCCCGGGGACAAAGUGUCACCCUUCCGUGUAGCUACAGCACUUCCGCCCUCGACCGGGAAGGAUUUAUCCAGUGGGACAAGCUUCUCCGGAGUCACACGGAAAAAGUGGUCACCUGGACAUUCAGGACCCAGGCCUACAUCUACGGCAGCCUCUACGAGAACCGCGUGAAGAUGGCCGGCAACGCCGAGCAGUCGGACGCCUCAGUCACCAUCGAGCAGCUGUCCAUGGACGACAACGGCACCUACGAGUGCUCCGUCUCGCUGCUGUCGGACCUGCAGGGCACCUCCAAGUCCCGUGUCCGCCUCCUGGUCCUCGUGCCACCUUCCACUCCAGACUGCAGCAUCGAGGGAGAGACGGUGAUCGGGAACAACAUCCAGCUGACCUGCCAGUCUGCGGAGGGCUCCCCGGCCCCGGAGUACAGCUGGAAGAGCUACGACUCCGAGCGCCGCGAGCGGGCUCUGCGCUCCGCAGCCUCAGGCCAGAGCCUGCUUCUGAAGAACAUCUCCACAGACACGUCAGGCUACUACACCUGCUUCUCCAGCAACGAGAUGGGCACAAGCACCUGCGAGAUCGCCCUGACCGUCAGACCUCCCUCCAUGAAUGUGGCUCUGUACGCCGGCAUCGCGGCUGGUGUGGUGGUGACCCUCAUCAUCAUCGGCGUCGUGGCCUACUUCUGCUGCUGCCGGGAGAAGGACAAGAAGGGCGGGACAGCUGAGGACAAGGCGGGCGCAAGGCCGAACCGGGCAAUUUACCACGAGCCACCAGAGCAAAUGCAAGAGUUUUCCAGAGAGCAGAAGGAGGACUACGAAGAGGAAGCUGGGCAGGAAGACCAGAAGCUCCCCGGGCGCCAGUCCCCCAGCCACUUCCAGUGACGGGGCCUGCUGCAGCCCGGGGUAGGAGGGAGAGGGCUUCAGCCUCCUGCUCCCUCUCCAGCUGCUACCCAGACCCCCAGUGGCUGCAGAGCUCCCGCCCUGCUGACCAUGCCGGCCCUCACUCGCUCUUCACCGCGUGCUCAGGUCUGACCCUGGGCUCAGCCUCCCCCCUC